AUGCCGGACCCCUCGGACUCGAGCCCAGAAAAUUGGGACCAGAGCCCAGAACUGUGUGACCUAAGCCCAGAAUCGUGUGACCCAAGCCCAGAACACUGGGACCCGAGCCCAGAACCGUGUGACCCGAGCCAAGAACACUGGGACUCGAGCCCAGAGCCGUGUGACCCGAGCCCAGAACACUGGGACUCAGGCCCAGAGCCGUGUGAACUGAGCUCAGAACACUGGGACCCGAGCCCAGAACCGUGUGACCCGAGCUCAGAACACUGGGACCCGAGCCCAGAACUGUGUGACCCGAGCCCAGAACACUGGGACUCGGAACCAGAACCGUGUCACCCGAGCCAAGAACACUGGGACUCGAGCCCAGAGCCAUGUGACCCGAGCCCAGAACACUGGGACUCGGGCCCAGAGCCGUAUGACCUAAGCUCAGAACACUGGGACCCGAGCCCAGAACCGUGUGACCCGAGCUCAGAACACUGGGACCCGAGCCCAGAACCGUGUGACCCGAGCCCAGAACAUUGGGACUCGGGCCCAGUACCGUGUGACCCGAGCCAAGAACACUGGGACUCGAGCCCUGAGCCGUGUGACCCGGGCCCAGAGCCGUGUGACCUGAGCUCAGAACACUGGGACCCGAGCCCAGAACCGUGUGACCCGAGCUCAGAACACUGGGACCCGAGCCCAGAACCGUGUGACCCAAGCCCAGAACACUGGGACUCGGGCCCAGUACCGUGUGACCCGAGCCAAGAACACUGGGACUCGAGCCCAGAGCCGUGUGACCCGAGCCCAGAACACUGGGACUCGGGCCCAGUACCGUGUGACCCGAGCCAAGAACACUGGGACUCGAGCCCUGAGCCGUGUGACCCGGGCCCAGAGCCAUGUGACCUGAGCUCAGAACACUGGGACCCAAGCCCAGAACCGUGUGACCCGAGCUCAGAACACUGGGACCCGAGCCCAGAACCGUGUGACCCAAGCCCAGAACACUGGGACUCGGGCCCAGUACCGUGUGACCCGAGCCAAGAACACUGGGACUCGAGCCCAGAGCCGUGUGACCCGAGCCCAGAACACUGGGACUCGGGCCCAGUACCGUGUGACCCGAGGCAAGAACACUGGGACUCGAGCCCUGAGCCGUGUGACCCGGGCCCAGAGCCAUGUGACCUGAGCUCAGAACACUGGGACCCUAGCCCAGAACCAUGUGACCCGAGCUCAGAACACUGGGACCCGAGCCCAGAACCGUGUGACCCAAGCCCAGAACACUGGGACUCGGGCCCAGUACCGUGUGACCCGAGCCAAGAACACUGGGACUCGAGCCCAGAGCCGUGUGACCCAAGCCCAGAACACAGGGACUCGGGCCCAGUACCGUGUGACCCGAGCCAAGAACACUGGGACUCGAGCCCUGAGCCGUGUGACCCGGGCCCAGAGCCGUGUGACCUGAGCUCAGAACACUGGGACCCGAGCCCAGAACCGUGUGACCCGAGCUCAGAACACUGCGACCAGAGCCCAGAACCGUGUGACCCAAGCCCAGAACACUGGGACUCGGGCCCAGUACCGUGUGACCCGAGCCAAGAACACUGGGACUCGAGCCCAGAGCCGUGUGACCCGAGCCCAGAACACUGGGACUCGGGCCCAGUACCGUGUGACCCGAGCCAAGAACACUGGGACUCGAGCCCUGAGCCGUGUGACCCGGGCCCAGAGCCGUGUGACCUGAGCUCAGAACACUGGGACCCGAGCCCAGAACCAUGUGACCCGAGCUCAGAACACUGGGACCCGAGCCCAGAACCGUGUGACCCAAGACCAGAACACUGGGACUCGGGCCCAGUACCGUGUGACCCGAGCCAAGAACACUGGGACUCGAGCCCAGAGCCGUGUGACCCGAGCCCAGAACACUGGGACUCGGGCCCAGUACCGUGUGACCCGAGCCAAGAACACUGGGACUCGAGCCCUGAGCCGUGUGACCCGGGCCCAGAGCCGUGUGACCUGAGCUCAGAACACUGGGACCCGAGCCCAGAACCGUGUGACCCGAGCUCAAAACACUGGGACCCGAGCCCAGAACCGUGUGACCCAAGCCCAGAACACUGGGACUCGGGCCCAGUACCAUGUGACCCGAGCCAAGAACAAUGGGACUCGAGCCCAGAGCCGUGUGACCCGAGCCCAGAACACUGGGACUCGGGCCCAGUACCGUGUGACCGGAGCCAAGAACACUGGGACUCGAGCCCUGAGCCGUGUGACCCGGGCCCCAGAGCCCCAUGUGACCCGAGCCCAGAACACUGGGACUCGGGCCCAGAGCUGUGUGACCUGAGCUCAGAACACUGGGACCCGAGCCCAGAACCGUGUGACCCGAGCUCAGAACACUGGGACCCAAGCCCAGAACCGUGUGACCCGAGCCCAGAACCGUGUGACCCGAGCCAAGAACACUGGGACUCGAGCCCUGAGCCGUGUGACCCGAGCCCAGAACCGUGUGACCCAAGCCCAGAACACUGGGACUCGGACCCAGUACCGUGUGACCCGAGCCAAGAACACUGGGACUCGAGCCCAGAGCCGUGUGACCCGAGCCCAGAACACUGGGACUCGGGCCCAAACACUGGGACUCGAGCCCAGCCGUGUGACCCGAGCCCAGAACACUGGGACUCAGGCCCAGAGCCGUGUGACCUGAGCUCAGAACACUGGGACCCGAGCCCAGAACCGUGUGACCCGAGCUCAGAACACUGGGACCCAAGCCCAGAACCGUGUGACCCGAGCUCAGAACACUGGGACCCGAGCCCAGAACCGUGUGAUCCGAGCCCAGAACAUUGGGACUCGGGCCCAGUACCGUGUGACCCGAGCCAAGAACACUGGGACUCGAGCCCAGAACCGUGUGACCCGAGCUCAGAACACUGGGACCCGAGCCCUGAACCGUGUGACCCGAGCUCAGAACACUGGGACCCGAGCCCCGAACCGUGUGACCCGAGCCCAGAACACUGGGACUCGGGCCCAGUACCGUGUGACCCGAGCCAAGAACACUGGGACUCGAGCCCAGAGCUGUGUGACCCGAGCCCAGAACACUGGGACUCGGGCCCAGAGCCGUGUGACCUGAGCCCAGAACACUGGGACUCGAGCCCAGAGCCGUGUGACCCGAGACCAGAACACUGGGACUCGGGCCCAGAGCCGUGUGACCUGAGCCCAGAACACUGGGACUCGAGCCCAGAGCCGUGUGACCCGAGACCAGAACACUGGGACUCGGGCCCAGAGCUGUGUGAAAUGAGCUCAGAACACUGGGACCCGAGCCCAGAAUCGUGUGACCCGAGCUCAGAACACUGGGACCCGAGCCCAGAACCGUGUGAUCCGAGCCCAGCACACUGGGACUCGGGCCCAGAGCCGUGUGACCUGAGCUCAGAACACUGGGACCCGAGCCCAGAACCGUGUGACCCGAGCUCAGAACACUGGGACCCGAGCCCUGAACCGUGUGACCCGAGCUCAGAACACUGGGACCCGAGCCCAGAACCGUGUGACCCGAGCCCAGAACACUGGGACUCGGGCCCAGUACCGUGUGACCCGAGCCAAGAACACUGGGACUCGAGCCCAGAGCCGUGUGACCCGAGCUCAGAACACUGGGACUCGAGCCCAGAACCGUGUGACCCGAGCUCAGAACACUGGUGCUCGGGCCCAGAGGUGUCUGACUUGAGCCCAGAACACUGGGACCCGAGCCCAGAACAUUGGGACUCGAGCACAGAACAUUGUGACUUGAGCCCAGAUCAUUGCGACUCGAGCCCAGAACAUUGCGACUCGAGCCCAGAACAUUGCGACUCGAGCCCAGAAAAUUGCGACUCGAGCACAGAACAUUGGGACUCGAGCCCAGAACAUUGGGACUCCAAUCCAGAACCUCGGGACCCAAACCCUGAAGUUUGGGACCUAAUCCCAGAAUCUUGCAGCGAGUACUGUGAACCUUGGUUUUCCAAUGUAGAUCCUUGGGGCUCGAACACAGAACCUCAGUGUUCGAAUGUAGAACCUAGAGGCUCAAAUAUAGAACCUCAGGACUCGGACCCAAAACAUUGUGGCUCGAACCCAGAACCUCGGGACUUGAGCCGAGAACGUAGGAACUACCACUGA